AUGGGGUCGUUCUGCAUAGAGCCAUCCUCACAAACAAAGUUCUGGGGAAAAUGGCGCCGAAAGCAUCGAAGAACCUCUACAAAUGCACCUCCAACCACUAGAAGAACAACUCCGGACCCUGGCACUUCCACGGCUAUUCCUACAUCUACAGGAACCCCGACAACAUCCACAGCAAUUCCAACAUCCACCGGAACGCCAUCAACGUCUACGGCUAUUCCUACGUCAAGUAGUACACCCACAGCAUCAACAGCAAUGCCAACUACCUCCACGGCAAUACCUACCUCAACUGGUGCAGCUACAACUUCCACAGCCAUUCCGUCAUCAAGUUCCACAUCUUCAACAUCUCGAGCGACAACUUCCACUGCAAUUCCAACUUCCACAAAUGCUCCUACCACCUCCACAGCCAUUCCGACUUCGACUUCGUCAACGACGCAAACACCAACAACGUCUACGGCAAUUCCUACUUCCACAGAUAUCACAACAUCUACCGCUAUUCCCACUUCAAGUUCUUCAUCUACAACGACGUCGACUACAACAACCCAAGGAACAACCUCCACUGCAGUACCUACUUCCACGGAUACUCCUACCACCUCCACAGCGAUCCCGACAUCGUCUUCAUCAACAACGGAAACACCGACCACAUCAACUGCAAUUCCAACCUCCACAGAUGCUGGAACCACAUCCUCAACACCCGUCACUAAGCCUUCUGAAGCCACAGAAGCACCAACUACUUCCACGGCGAUUCCCACCUCGACAGAAACCCAAACAACAUCCACGGCAACUACUUCAAAUACAGCUCCAACACAAACCAGUUCCACUGCGAUUCCGCCUUCAACAGGGGAUCCAAACACAUCCACUGCCAUUCCGCCAUCUUCUUCGACAGCAACAGAAGUCGGACCGACCUCUACUGCCAUUCCAACAUCAACAGGAAAUCCAACCACUUCCACAGCUGUUCCGACUUCUAUUUCAACCUCAACUGCGAUUCCGACAUCAACAGGGGAUCCAAAAACAUCCACAGCUCUUCCCGCAACAACAGAAAAUCCAAUAACUUCUACUGCCACACCUACUUCAAGCUCGACAACCGAGACGACUUCAACAGCAAUCCCCACUUCAAGUUCCACGACAACUUCAAUAGCGGUCCCCACAUCAAGCUCCACAACUUCUACCGCCAUACCCACUUCAAGUUCUACGACAACAGAAUCGACGACUUCUACAGCAAUUCCCACGUCCAGUUCAACAACAACAAAAAUUGCGACUUCCACAGCGAUCCCCACGUCAAGUUCCACAAUAACCGAGACGACUUCAACAGCAAUCACCACAUCAAGCUCCACAACAUCAGACACGACAACUUCUACCGCUAUACCCACUUCAAGUUCUACGGCAACAGAAUCGACGACUUCUACAGCAAUCCCCACGACAACUUCUACCGCUAUACCCACUUCAAGUUCUACGACAACAGAAUCGACGACUUCCACAGCAAUUCCCACGUCGAGUUCAACGACAACAGAAAUGACAACUUCCUCUUCGGUCCCAACAUCAAGCUCCACAACAACGUCCACAGCGAUCCCCACGUCAAGCUCCACAACAACCGAGACAACUUCAACAGCAAUCGCCACAUCAAGCUCCACAACAUCAGACACGACAACUUCUACCGCUAUACCCACUUCAAGUUCUACGACAACAGAAUCGACGACUUCCACAGCAAUUCCUACGUCGAGUUCAACGACAACAGAAAUGACGACUUCCACUGCGGUCCCAACAUCAAGCUCCACAACAACGUCCGCAGCGAUCCCCACGUCAAGCUCCACAACAACCGAGACGACUUCAACAGCAAUCGCCACAUCAAGCUCCACAACAUCAGACACGACAACUUCUACCGCUAUACCCACUUCAAGUUCUACUACAACAGAAUCGACGACUCCCACAGCAAUUCCCACUUCCACAACAACCGAGACGACUUCAACAGCAAUCCCCACUUCAAGUUCUACUACAUCUUCAACAGCGGCGCUCACAUCAAGCUCCACAGCAUCAGACCAGGCAACUUCUACUGCCAUACCUACUUCUAGUUCUACGACAACAGAAUCGCCGACUUCUACAGCGUCCCCCACGUCAAGCUUCACAACAACUUCCACAGCAAUUCCCUCGACGACAAAAGAGACGACAGCAUCUUCAACAUCGGCCCCCACAUCAAGCUCUACAGCAUUAGACACAACAACUUCCACAGCGAUCCCCACGUCGAGUUCAACGAUAACAGAAACCACAACUUCCACAGAUAUCUCCAUAUCAAGUUCCACGACAACAGAGAUGACAACUUCGACAAUUCCCACAUCAAGCUCUACAACUUCAGAUACAACAUCUACUGCCAUACCCACUUCAAGUUCUACGACAACAGAAUCGACGACUUCCACAGCGAUCCCAACUUCCACUACUACUGAGUCUGGAACAACUUCCACCGCCAUACCUACAUCGAGUUCGACAACUGAAAACACAGUUUGUAAAAUCUUUCCGCAUCUUCCUGUAUGUCAAGAUGAUGUUUAG